AUGUGCAGGAAGUACCCGGUGAGAAAACACGGGCAGGUUCAGAAAGAUCCGGACACCAAGUACAACACAACUGCCAGCCCGCGCGUGGUGCCCCACGAGUACAUGCUGUCCAUCUACAGGACUUACUCCAUCGCGGAGAAGCUGGGCAUCAACGCCAGUUUCUUCCAGUCUUCCAAGUCGGCCAACACGAUCACUAGCUUUGUAGACAGGGGACUCGGGCACGGCAAGAAGUCGAGGCUGCGCUGCAGCAAGAAGCCCCUGCACGUGAACUUCAAAGAGCUGGGCUGGGACGACUGGAUUAUCGCGCCCCUGGAGUACGAGGCCUACCACUGCGAGGGCGUGUGCGACUUCCCGCUGCGCUCGCACCUGGAGCCCACCAACCACGCCAUCAUCCAGACGCUGAUGAACUCCAUGGACCCCGGCUCCACGCCGCCCAGCUGCUGCGUGCCCACCAAAUUGACUCCCAUCAGCAUCCUGUACAUCGACGCGGGCAAUAACGUGGUGUACAAGCAGUACGAAGACAUGGUGGUGGAGUCGUGCGGCUGCAGGUAG